AGCGAUCUCCGAGCGAGGCAGCAAGAUGGACGCGGGAUUCUUCCGCGGAACAAGUGCAGAGCAGGAUAAUCGGUUCAGCAACAAACAGAAGAAACUGCUCAAGCAGCUGAAAUUCGCAGAAUGCCUAGAAAAAAAGGUGGACAUGAGCAAAGUAAAUUUGGAGGUUAUAAAGCCUUGGAUAACAAAAAGAGUAACUGAGAUCCUUGGAUUCGAAGAUGAUGUUGUGAUUGAGUUUAUAUUCAACCAGCUGGAAGUGAAGGCCUGAACCAAAAUGGAAGUUAUUCCUUGCGUCUGAAGUAUAGCACCAUCACCUUAUUAGGUCACAGCAGAGUGAGUGUCCCAAUGUCGCUCUGACCCAACUCCCUUGAUGACGCAGUGUGUGUUUGGAGGUGAGUUGUGUAAAGUGGCCGAACAUCAACAACAACAACAACAAAACACAAACAAGAGCAAUCGGUAAAGCUGUGUACUGCUCUUAAGAGGCAUUUGAGAUGGACAUUUAUUUGAAGCAUGAGGGGCGAUUCUGAUUUGAUUGGAUGUUACUUUUAAAAGAACUAAAGACUUUAGUUGUAGUUGCAAGUUAGCUGGUUACCAGUCAGAAUUAAGACACAGGAUUUUAUUUACAUUAUAGUUAAAAUUUCAGGCAGAUGAAUUGACAGUCCUAUAAAAGCCAGUUAAUGUAAUUGUUCCUAUCUUCCAAUAUGAAAUAAUACAAGAUAAUACAACUGAUGUUGAAAAUGAUUUCUGUUAUAACAUAGUUUGCUAUUUUGUCAUGGCAUCCCAAAGGACAGUAGCGAUGUACCAUAAAAACCGUUCGGUUAUGCUGAUGUGAAUUUACUUUUACAUUACUCCUCUUCCCGAGAGUUCAUGCUUGAAUUUUGACAGAACAGUUAUCAUUCCAAACGAUAAGGUAUUUCAUUUUUAAAACAAUGUGGUAAUUAUUUUGCUUUGAAUGUUUUUAAGACUUAAUUUUAAGAAAAGGCUUUAUAUUUAAGUAUAUUUAUUUCAUUUAGAAACCAGAAACAUGGGAGAAUGUUUUUUAAAUGUUUAAUAGUAAAUUUUAUUGGAGAAAUGCUUUACUGAUUUGAAUUUUAGUGCACUUUAAAGCCUAAAUACCUGGUAGUAUUCCCCUUGUAGUGAGCAUGAGAUUAAAGUUUAGAGCUUUUUAAGCAAUCUUUCCUUUUUGUGGUUGUGUACUCAUUAUUGCUUGUUCGUCUUUUGCAAUUUAGAUAAAUGCUAUAACAUUAAACUCAAGGUGGUUGAGUUGCAGUAGGGAGUCGGAAGCAAGCCAAGGGACCAUCUUUCUCUACAGGGGACUUGGCGAUUCCAAACCCCCAAGGUUCCAAGAAGAAACUGAAGACACCUGGAAUCUGUACUUGCUUUGUGCUAUUGAGCUGUGCUUGUUAUACGGACCUUGUUGCUUGACCAACAGAAUCUAGUGUUUAAGAACCCAAGUUCCUUUUAGAAAUCUUGAGUCUUAGUUUUGUGGACAGUUGAGCUUCUGUGGCAUUGUUAGUAAUAAUAGGUUUUCAUGUGCAGUAGUCAGGCUUCUAGCUUAGUCUUCAGAUGUUACAGUAUGCAUGCAUAACUUGUUAGUUCUUGUAACUGAGCACUAGAUAGUAGAUAUUUUAUAGAAAGUUACCUGUAGUGUAAAGAGAAGUAAAUGUACAUUUUCAAUUUCUUGUUGGGGCAAGUUUUCCAGCCAAGCAAAUAUUGUUAGUAAAUGCAAGAACGUAUAGAUGGUCCAUGAUUGUUUUUAAAAUUGAUAAAUACAUAAGGCCCACUAACAGCCAUACACUCUAAAAACUUAGAAAGUCCACAGCUGCUGCUCUAAUGCUUUUGGUUCAGUGAGGGAGAAUUUGAUUAUCUAGAAAUUAUAUUACCAAGAAGCAACUAGGGAAAACUAUUUUUACAAUAGUAGAGCAUAUAUAUAUAUAUAUGUACCUAAGCCCCUUAUGGUAGACUUAAAUACUAAUUUAAAUGAGUUUCAGAUUGGUUGGUUGGUUUCCAAGUAACCUGGUUUUCUUCCUGUCAUGUCUUUUCACAGAACCCAGAUUCCAAAAUGAUGCAAAUCAACCUGACUGGAUUUUUGAAUGGGAAGAAUGCUAGAGAAUUCAUGGGAGAACUGUGGCCCCUGCUGUUAAGUGCACAAGAAAAUAUCGCUGGAAUCCCUUCUGCUUUCCUAGAGUUGAAGAAGGAAGAGAUAAAACAAAGACAAAUUGAACAAGAAAAAUUGGCAUCUCUGAAAAAACAAGAUGAAGAUAAAGAUAAGAGGGAUAAGGAUGAAAAAGAAAGCAGCAGAGAGAAGAGGGAGCGGUCUCGCAGCCCAAGAAGACGCAAAUCCAGAUCUCCUUCUCCUAGAAGACGAUCUUCCCCUGUCAGGAGAGAGAGAAAGCGCAGUCACUCUCGAUCUCCCCGUCACAGAACCAAGAGCCGGAGUCCUUCCCCUGCCCCAGAAAAGAAGGAGAAAUCUCCGGAGCUCCCAGAACCAUCAGUGAGAAUGAAAGACUCUUCAGUACAGGAGGCCACAUCUACGAGUGACAUCCUGAAAGCUCCCAAGCCUGAGCCUGUGCCAGAGCCCAAAGACCCGUCGCCAGAGAAAAACUCCAAAAAGGAAAAGGAAAAGACUCGUCCAAGGUCUCGAUCACGUUCCAAAUCACGGUCUCGGACCCGGUCUCGGUCUCCUUCUCAUGCUAGACCAAGACGGCGACAUCGAUCCCGGUCAAGAUCAUAUUCUCCUAGAAGGCGGCCAAGCCCAAGACGGCGACCUUCUCCCCGAAGAAGAACACCGCCAAGACGGAUGCCUCCUCCACCAAGGCACAGGAGGAGUAGGUCUCCAGGGAGACGGAGGAGGCGUUCUUCCGCAUCACUGUCUGGAAGUAGCUCGUCGUCCUCUUCAUCUCGUUCCCGGUCACCGCCAAAGAAGCCUCCCAAGAGGACAUCCAGCCCUCCUCGGAAAACGCGUAGGUUAUCACCUUCGGCAAGUCCUCCCCGGCGAAGGCACCGGCCGUCAUCUCCAGCAACUCCACCUCCUAAAACUCGCCAUUCCCCAACUCCCCAGCAGUCAAAUCGUACAAGAAAAAGUCGUGUUUCUGUGUCUCCAGGAAGAACUUCGGGUAAAGUGACAAAACAUAAAGGUACUGAGAAAAGAGAGUCACCUUCUCCAGCACCCAAGCCUAGAAAAGUGGAGUUGUCUGAGUCUGAAGACAAAGGCAGCAAAAUGGCCGCUGCUGAUUCUGUGCAGCAGAGGCGGCAGUACAGGCGACAGAACCAGCAGUCUUCAUCUGACUCUGGCUCCUCUUCCACCUCAGAAGAUGAGCGGCCCAAGAGAUCCCAUGUGAAGAAUGGUGAGGUAGGCAGGCGGCGGAGACAUUCCCCUUCUCGGAGUGCCUCUCCAUCACCUCGAAAGCGCCAAAAAGAGACUUCCCCUCGGAUGCAGAUGGGAAAGCGAUGGCAGUCGCCAGUCACUAAAAGUAGUAGAAGGAGGAGAAGUCCCUCCCCACCUCCUGCCAGAAGGCGACGAUCUCCUUCUCCAGCCCCUCCUCCUCCUCCCCCACCUCCUCCUCGGCGGCGCAGGUCUCCCACCCCACCACCUCGACGAAGGACCCCGUCUCCUCCCCCACGCCGCCGCUCACCAUCUCCAAGAAGAUACUCUCCUCCCAUCCAGAGGAGAUACUCUCCUUCCCCACCUCCAAAGAGGAGAACCGCCUCGCCCCCGCCCCCACCCAAGCGAAGGGCAUCACCAUCUCCACCACCAAAGCGCCGGGUCUCUCACUCCCCACCUCCUAAACAAAGAAGCCCCCCAGUCACCAAGAGACGCUCUCCCUCUUUGUCUUCAAAGCAUAGGAAAGGGUCUUCCCCAGGCCGUUCCACACGGGAGGCCCGGUCACCACAACCAAACAAAAGGCAUUCGCCCUCACCACGGCCUCGAGCUCCUCAGACCUCAAGCCCUCCCCCUGCUCGAAGAGGAGCUUCAGCGUCGCCCCAAGGAAGACAGUCCCCGUCUCCAAGUACUAGGCCUAUUAGGAGAGUCUCCAGGACUCCGGAGCCCAAAAAGAUAAAAAAGGCUGCAUCACCAAGCCCUCAGUCCGUAAGAAGGGUUUCCUCUUCCAGAUCUGUCUCUGGAUCUCCUGAGCCAACGGCUAAAAAGCCUCCAGCACCUCCCUCUCCUGUGCAGUCUCAGUCACCCUCCACAAACUGGUCACCUGCAGUACCAGCCAAAAAGGCUAAAAGCCCAACACCAAGCCCGUCCCCUGCCAGGAAUUCUGAUCAAGAAGGAGGUGGAAAGAAAAAGAAGAAGAAGAAGGACAAGAAACACAAGAAGGAUAAGAAGCACAAGAAGCACAAAAAACACAAGAAGGAGAAGGCUGUGGCCGUAACCACCCCAGCCCCUACAGCCCCUGCAGCUGUUUCUGCUGCCGCCACCACAUCAGCACAGGAAGAGCCUGCAGCAGCACCAGAGCCCAGGAAGGAGACUGAGAGUGAAGCUGAAGAUGACAACCUUGAUGACUUAGAGAGGCACCUGAGGGAGAAGGCCCUGCGAUCCAUGCGGAAGGCUCAAGUGUCCCCACAGUCCUAAGUGGACAUGUUUGUUACGUUGUAAAUUUUAUUUGGUUUGUACUCAAUUCAGUUUCAAAAUUUCUAAAAUGUGUUCGAGCUUUAGACUAUAACAUUUGUUGUAAUAAUUGCUAGGUUGAAGUUCACCAUGUUUUAAAAAGGGGGGCAUGGAUUUACAUUGCAAAGGUGUCCACAGUGUAUUAGUGACAUUCUUCCAUUGACAUUUAGAGUGAAAUAUUUUAAGCCAAAAAAAAAAAUCUCUUUUUUAAAAAAGGGGGUUUGAAUAUUGUUGGCAUUCUUGUGGUUCCUUUAAAUGCCCUUGCCUCUCCCAAGAGGUUGGGGUUUUUUUGUUUUUGUUUUCUUUCUUUCUUUUUUUUUUUUUUCUUCCCCCCCUCCCUUUUCUCUUGAGUCUUAGCACCCAUGUAAAUUAUGCUUCCAACCUUGUAUAGGUUUGUAAGCUCACCCAGAAGUGAGACCACUGAUGAAGUACCACAGAGGUUUGAGUUUGAGUGAAUGUUUGUUCACUCUGUUGCCUGUGGAGUCUGCUGUGGCAGGAUGGCAGGAUCCCAGCUCUAGAGCUGACUGUAGGCAGUUCUGCCGGGCUGCCCCAGGGAUAGUUCCUAAGCUGACUUGGAACUCUGGGUUUUCUCCUUGAAGUUGCGUUGUUUUGUCCCCCCUUUUCAUCCUCUUUUGUAAAGGCAAUUGACUAGACCCAGGAAGGACCUUCAAGUACAUACAUUUGUUUUUUGAAACUUGGUGGCUCCCAUUCAUGGUUUUCCUCACUCUUCCAAUUGGUGCCCACAACUGAAGAGCUGUGUACUUGGCAGGCUGGAAGGGCCUGGACAGUGUCUUGGUUUCACUUGUUUUAUUUUAUUUUAUUUUUUAACUAAAGCUAUAUAAAGCUUGUGGAUUAAACAGAAUAAAUUUCUAAAUUUAAGAACAUUGCCA